CGGGGUCCAGAGAGUCCGGAGGAGGCAGGGGGUACAGCCGACACCACAACCUCCCAGCUGCAAGCCAAGGGAACUCGCUUCCACCUCCAAGUCCGGGGAAUCCCCAACGACGUCGACUACAAUGCCGAACUCGCCAUCCCAGCUUUCCGAAGACUUCACAGCCCCUCACCAGGCACCCGUUGAAGGCGGCUCUUCGGCCCUCUCGCGAGAGAGUGCCUGGUGGUACCUCCUUCCUCAGCUGUCUUUCUCUUCCCGCCCCCAAAGUGAUUGCGCGGCUUCCUCCGGAGGGCGGGAGCCUUGGACGUGGCGGGGCCGGGCCAGCCUGGCUGCCGGGCCUGGGGCGCUCUGCUUGGCCGCUCGGCUCACUCGGCCGCUUGGCUGGCCCUCCGCACCCGCCGUCCAGCCCCCGGCCGGUCCCCUGCCUUUCCAGGUAGACGGCCCGAGUAACGGCGGGGUGGAGCCGCGGGCCAGUUUGGGGCGGGUCCGGAGAAUGGCUUCGGAGAUGGAGUCGUCUCUCGAGGCAAGCUUCACGUCCAGCGGUGCGGUGUCAGGGGCUUCAGUAUUUCUGCCUCCGGCUCGCUCCCGUAUCUUCAAGAUAAUCGUGAUCGGUGACUCCAAUGUGGGCAAGACGUGCCUGACCUACCGCUUCUGCGCCGGCCGCUUCCCGGACCGCACCGAGGCUACUAUCGGGGUGGAUUUCCGAGAACGAGCGGUGGAGAUUGAUGGGGAGCGCAUCAAGAUCCAGUUAUGGGACACAGCAGGACAAGAACGAUUUAGAAAGAGCAUGGUACAGCACUACUACAGAAAUGUACAUGCUGUUGUCUUCGUGUAUGAUAUGACCAACAUGGCUAGUUUUCAUAGCCUACCAUCUUGGAUAGAAGAAUGCAAACAACAUUUGCUAGCCAGUGACAUACCACGGAUUCUCGUUGGAAAUAAAUGUGACUUGAGAAGUGCCAUUCAAGUACCUACAGACUUGGCACAGAAAUUUGCUGACACACAUAGUAUGCCUUUGUUUGAAACCUCUGCGAAAAACCCCAAUGAUAAUGACCAUGUGGAAGCUAUAUUUAUGACCUUGGCUCAUAAACUUAAGAGCCACAAACCAUUAAUGCUUAGUCAACCCCCCGAUAACGGAAUUACUCUGAAGCCUGAACCAAAGCCUGCAAUGACAUGCUGGUGCUAAGUAACAGUCUUUAUUAUACUAUCUAAUUUUGACAAAAGAAAUACUUUUGAAGUAUGACAGUGAUAAGUCAUAAGAUUUAAUCUCAAGUAUAAUGGAUCAUCCUGACACUUUACUAUUUAUCAUUGUCAUGCUGAUUUUUUGUAUUUUGUAUCUACUUAAUUAAGUUUGUCACUGUGACAACACAGGGAAAAAGUUGGUUUUCAUGUGAGGUUGAAAAUGAAGCAAAGGUAGAAUGAAUCAGAACAUUUUUCCAUUGAGAACCCAAAGAAGGAGGCUUCAGAUGAGAGCAUGAUAGUAUUUUAGGAGUAAGUGACUGUUCAAUCGUGUAUUAAUGGGAUUGAAAAAAAAAAAUUAAAGGUUUAGGACAUACUUCCUAGGUGUGUCCUUUGAAUGGGAAGUGUUCUCAAUAGGAUAAACCUGGUAUUUGCCUCUGCCUAUAGUUCUUUCUUUGUAUUAUUGAUGUAUUUAAUUGCAUUAUUAUUGGUACAUUUUAGAGCCAAGACUUUAUGUUGUUCCAGUGGGAGGAGAAGGCAUGGAAUGUUUUCUGGUUCUCUGUGCAUAAAGAGUGACUUUUCCAAUGA